CAGAAAGUGAAAAGGUCACAAACAAGCAAACCUCUAUUGGCUUUUUGGUUUUUUUUUUUUAUGGGAUAAUAAGUGGAGUGUUUGUUUCUCAGGAAUCUCUCCUCUCAAUUCUCAUCCACAUCUCUACCUCUCUCCCUUUCCCCUCAGCUCUCUCUCUCACGUUUUCCAGUUUCUUUUUAAUAUUCUUUCUGUUCUCUUUUGGGGUUCGAGUAUAUGGCGUUUUGUUCAUUGAUCUUCAUGGAGUUUUCAUCUGCAACAAGCAAAGAUUUUAAGGUUUUGGGGGGCGCCAAAAUCCAUUUUGGAACUUGUCUUUCUUCACUCUAGUCUUUCUUCUUUUCAUUUUUUACAUCAUCUCUCUUUGUUUAUAUAUAUAGGCAUAGCUUCAAUUCAAGUUUCAACAACUUACUGCAAUUAAAAGCAAAGAAAAAAAACCCAGUAGAAUACCAGCAAGAUACUAAGAAAUUCAAAAAUAAGAUGAUAUGGGAUUUGGUAGAGGAAGGGGAUCAGCUACUCUUCUUGCAUUAUUUGUUACUUUCCACUUUAAACAGCCUUUCUAAAUAAGUGGUUCAUAAGCAGAUCUCAGAACUUUCUGUCAUAGGUAUAUAUAUAUUAUAAAGUUUGAUAAAUAAUAUAUGUAGAAGUCUAUAGGGUUGUCAUCAAGUGAAUCUUUUGUAUGUGUGUAUAGAUAUAUAAAAUUUGUAUCAUCAUCACAAAAUCCAGUGAUCAAGUAUAUAAUAGGGAUGGAUGAGAGUAUGUCCAAUUUGACUUCAACAUCUGGUGAAUUUAGUGCUUCUUCAGGCACAGUACUGUACCCACCACAACAGUCUUUUGCUUCAACAAAUCAAGCACCUGCAGCAGCAAAGAAGAAGAGAAAUCUUCCAGGCAACCCAGACCCAGAUGCAGAAGUCAUAGCUUUGUCCCCAAAGACACUGUUGGCAACAAAUAGAUUCAUGUGUGAGAUCUGCAACAAAGGGUUUCAAAGAGACCAGAACCUUCAGCUCCAUAGGAGAGGGCAUAACCUGCCAUGGAAACUAAAGCAAAGAACAAACAAGGAAGUGGUGAGGAAGAAGGUGUAUGUGUGCCCAGAGACAACAUGCGUGCACCAUGACCCAGCUAGGGCUCUUGGAGACCUCACGGGGAUCAAGAAACACUUCUGCAGAAAGCAUGGUGAGAAGAAAUGGAAAUGCGAAAAGUGUUCAAAGACUUACGCUGUUCAAUCUGACUGGAAAGCUCAUUCCAAAAUUUGUGGCACCAGAGAGUAUAGAUGUGACUGCGGCACCCUUUUCUCCAGAAGGGACAGUUUCAUCACUCACAGAGCGUUUUGCGAUGCCUUGGCUGAGGAGAGUGCAAGAGCAAUUACAGGCCCAGCACAGCAAGUACCUGGUGGUUCUUCAGUUUCACAUAUGAACAAUCUGCAAUCCCAACUCCAUAGCCACGACUUCCAUGGCUUAUCAGUGAAAAGAGAAGAACAUCCUUUCAAUGCAAGACCAACAACAGAAGAUAGCCUUAAUCCACCAUGGCCUGGUCCCCCAUCAAUAAACCUUUUAGAUCACCCACUGUCACAAAACGAAAACCCUAGCCAAAACACUGGUUCUAAUACACUUCUUCCUCCAUUCCAGACCCAAACAGCAUCUCCACACAUGUCUGCAACAGCACUCCUGCAGAAAGCAGCUCAAAUGGGUGUGACUAUGAGCCAACCCCUACAAUCACCAGUAGCGGCUAUGGCUUCCAUGCAAAGACCUUACAUGUCAGGAGGAACCAGUGGUUCCACGUCUUUUGCCUUGUCUACAGCUGGUUCUGGUCUGGGUUUAUUCCCACGUGAAGACCUUGGAAGUGGUUCUCCCCAUGGGUUGGCAUCUUUGGGGAAUAAAGCUGCAGCAGCUAUCACCUCUCGUUUCAUGGAACAGUCACCCACUGCUGCUCCAAAUUCUCUACUCCAUGAUAUGAUGUGUUCUUUAUCUACUGGGUUUGACGGAUCUUCAUUAUUUGAACAGUCUUUCAACAGGGUAUGGAACACCAAAGGAAACCCCAUUGAUUUUCAAGAACCCACCACUGAUCAUCUCUCAAAAGCAAAAGAAUCCCAUUCCCAAGGCAAUAACAUGGGAGGGAAUGAUGGGAUGACAAGAGAUUUCUUGGGUCUUAAAGCAUUUCCCCAUAGAGAUUUCCCCAACUUAGCUGCACUUAAUCACCGUUUAAACCCUUCUUCAAGGUUUGGGCAACAAAACCAGCACAGUCAAACACCAUGGCAAGGUUAGGUUAUGGUUCGUCAGAUUCCCAACUUCUACAUAUGAUGCUGAGAAAUAAAGUUCUCCUCUGGUACCUUCAUUUUCAUAGUUUUUAAUAAGCACUUAAUUUCUUUCAAUUUUUAUUAUAGUUCAAUUAUUUUAUUAUAUAAUGGAACAACUUUCACAUAUGUUCAUCUAUAUAUAAAAUUAAUAGAAGCAUUAUUUGAUUGCUUCGAACGUAUUCAACGUA